AUGGAAGCUAAAACAGAUUCUAGAGGAGACUCGGGUGAGAUUCUCCGCCAACCUGCAUUGCCUCCAAUUCCAGAAGGAAUGUCAAAGUCCCAGUGGAAGAAAAUCUGUAAGAAACAACGGUUCUUGGAUAAUAAAGAAAAGUAUGCACAAAUACGUAAAGAAAAGAAGCAAAGAGCUAAGGAGAACCGCAAGGCCAGACUAUCACACCACCUGAAAAAUGGCGAAGAUGUCCCUGAGGAAUUGAAGAGUCCGCCCAGGGUUAAUACUAAUCAGGUCUAUUCCGGGGUACAAAUUAUCAUUGACUGCAGUUUCGAUGAUCUGAUGAAUGACAAAGAAAUUAUUAGUAUGUCCACACAGAUUACUAGGGCAUAUUCUAGUAACAGGAGACAGAAUCAUUUUGCUAAAAUUAAAGUCACCUCUUUCAACAAAAGAUUGAAGGAGAGAUUUGAUGUUGGUUUGAAAGAUUGCAACUAUCAGUCGUGGAAAAACUUUGAAUUUGUUGCUGAAGAAGAAUUGCCCAACGAAAAUGUGGUAUAUCUGACUGCGGAUACGGAUGAAAAACUGGAGACCUUGGAACCCGGUACUGUCUACAUUAUAGGUGGUAUUGUAGACAAAAACAGAUAUAAAGGUCUAUGCUAUAAUAAAGCUGAGAAGCUGGGAAUUCCCACAAAACGAUUGCCUAUAGAUGAAUACAUCAAACUCAGCGGUCGAAAAGUAUUGACUACGACACACGUGAUACAAUUGAUGCUGAAAUACUUCGACAAUCACAAUUGGAAAGAAGCAUUCGAAUCUGUGUUGCCUCAAAGGAAAUUAAAUGGAAUUGAAAGCGCUAAACCAAGCAAGUCGAGCGUACAGGGUGUUUGCACGGAUAAAGAUAACGAAAAACAAGAAAAUAGCUCUGCACAACUUGAUACUGAUGAUGAAUUAAGCGAGAAACUACUUUGA